AUGUCCGUUGCCGUAGCCACGUCUGAAACGGUAGCUCCAGCCGCCGCAACUCUAAGUAAAGUGCUUUGCUCCGGAGCUAUGCAGAACGCUACAGCCAAGGUAUUGGCCGCCGCUCACGCUCAAAUAAAAGAAAUGCACGCCAACAGCGGAAGCCGUGCAGUUGGCUACGUAAUCGUUGUGCUGCUUCUAUACGCAUUAGCACUUGCAGUAGCUCUCGUUAAGUACGUUAGACAGGAGCGAUACGAAGCGAGAUUGUAUCAUAUCUACGACGAGUUCGUCCGGAGAGACCGAUUUCUGCGUCUCAGCAAACGACACUCAUCCGUUGGGCAUUCAGCCUUAUUCGCAGGAGUGACGAACAGUCAAACCACAAACUGUGAGGACAUCACGCCACCUCUCGGUACGGUGACUAUGGGUCCAGGGAAUCUCCCGCUCCAAAUCCCCCAAAUACAUCUGCCGAUCGAAAGACCCCGAGCAUCGCAUCCCCUGUCAGAAGACGAGGACGACGACGAUGACGACGAAGUGCCAAUACAGGAAGAGCUACAGGCGAUCCGAGUGAGCGUUCCCAGACCCUUUGGUCAUAUGCGGAAUCACUCGGAUUCGAAUGUCUGAGGCAACGCUCGACGAAACCAAGGGAGCCCUCCGAGGGCCGAGUCUCAAGUCGCACCUCAACCCAUCGUGUAUAGUGACAUCUCACCUGUACGAAGAAUGUAUCAUCGUGGUAGCGGUAUUUUCGAAGAGAACAAUGCAGCUCGGAGCAAGAUGUAAUUUCGCAGAGAUCGCUCUCGGCGCCGUGACUUUGUAAAGACCAGGAGCGACAAGGGAAUUCCGAGCUCUACACUUUUUCGCGGAGGGCCAACUGCCUGUAAGA